GCUGUCGCUAGAUGAUGACGCUUGCCGCAACUCCUCUUUGGCCGGGGGCAAGGGUGCUUCUCUCGCAUCUCUCAGGCUGCUCGCCAAGCAGGGAACGAAGAUCAGUGUUCCUGAGGGUUUCGUCAUCACUACGGCGGCGUAUGAAAAAUUCUCCAGGCAUCCUGACGUCCAGUCAGCUGUGCACAGUCUUUCAAAAAUCAAAAGCUUCGCAGAAUCAGAUUCUAUCGAGGCCUGCAACAAGGUAGCCCGAGUGCUUGAGUCUGCUCCAAUACCGGAAGAGGUACAGGCUGCCAUCAGAAGGUCUUAUGUGAUGGUCUUUGGCAGGGCAUCGCCUGACCUUCGCGUCGCCGUGAGGUCAUCAGCUGUUGGAGAGGACUCCGAGGACAUGUCAUCCGCUGGUCAAAUGGACACGUUUCUUGCCAUCACUGGCGUGGACGAGGUUAUAAAGACAGUAGCCAAGUGCUGGUCUUCGCAGUUCACCCACAUCGCAUGUGGUUACAAACGGCGCUAUGGUCAGCCCCUGGACUCCCCGAUGGCCGUGGUUGUGCAGGCGAUGGCGCCAGCAGAGGUGGCAGGCGUCCUCUUCACCUGUGACAGCCGAACGGGCGACUCCAGACGCAUCCUCAUCACGGCCAAUCAUGGGCUCGGAGACUCUGUUGUCUCUGGCAAGACUGAUCCAGAUACGGUGAUAUUAGAGCGCUGCACGAAGAGUGGAGACAUAAAGGUGGCAGAGAUCUGCGUCGGCGCAAAACAGCACCAGACAAUUGUGCUCGAGGGUGGGGGCACAGAGCUUCAGCCAGUGAAGCCCGCGAUUGAACCAAAGUGCUGCUUGUCUGAGGAGCGGAUAAGACUGCUGGGGAAGCUCGCAGAAGAGAUGGAGAGUGCAUUCAGUGGUCCGCGGGACGUGGAGUGGGCUUUCGAAGGUGACACGCUCUACGUUCUGCAGGCACGUCCAGUGACAUCAUUGUACCUGCCAACGGACGUGGAGCUUAUGCAUGAGCUGGACGAAGGAUUCCGAACCUCUGAUGAAUGCUUGACGAAAGCAAACAUUGGGGAAGUCGUGAACUGCGCUCAAAGCCCUCUGGGAUCGGCCAUAUUCACCAUUGGGAUUAUAGCCGGCAACAAGGAAGAAAACAACGAGCGGGCCAAGAGUUUCCACAACCCUUACCACGAUCGUUUCUUUGUCACAACACUGGGCAACGUAUUCUUCCCGGCAUCAAACGACACAUUCAGCAUGCGAGGAGACGGACCUCUGCGCAAGGGUCUGGCAUACGCCUUGCGUGGUGGCUGCAUGGAGGACGAGGACGUCAGUCGGCUUAUGGCUGAGCGUGCAAAGUUGCGAUUUAGUCGGCCCACAUUUUUCGGUGUUCGCAAACUUUUGACGGAACUUUGGAACUGCGAAAAACUCGUGAAAGAGGGUUACAAGAAGUACUACGACAUGAAGCUUCCAGUUACAGAAGGAGAUGAUUCAUGCAAGAUAUUCCAUGAGAUCUGUCAAAACCUCAUUCUGCUAUCCAGGUCUGUGAAAAUUCACGCGGCAACCAAUAUGACUUCAGUCUUGGCCAACAGUUUUGCGUUCACAAUGCUUGCCAAGUUUCGUGGUGAAUGGUCAGACAGGGUACUUUCUGACUUCGGAUCUCUCAUGACUUCCGCCGGCGACGUUUGGAGCGCGGAGGUGCCUUGUGCAUUGCAGAAAAUUGCGGCAGAAGUUAGCAGACAUCCAGAAGCUAAGGAGUUCAAGAACAUGGAUAUCGAGGUUGCUCUGCAAUGGCUUCUCGAGAAUGACGCGGGAAAUAUUUUCCGGGAGUUUCUACAGCGCCAUGGUCACCGCUGCAUCAAUGAGUUUGACGUUUACUCCAAGACGUGGGCCAUGGACCCAAGGCCCUUAGUUAAGAACCUUCAGGCAAUGACAGGUGCCGUUGACACGUACGCCAAAGAGCCAUUGUCCAUAGAAGAUGCAGUUUGCAAGCUUGACAUCAAGUUCAACACUUUUAAAAGGAAUCUUUUCAUCUGGCUUAUGCAGAAGUGCCGGCGGGCCGUCGCUCUGCGCGAGCUUUCCAAGAACCUGGUGGUCAAGGUUGUGGACGAGCUUCGGUCAGCCUGCUGGUUGCUUGGUGAACAGAUGCAGCGAGAGGGACGGCUUCCAGAUCCCUCAGUGCUGUUCUUUCUUGACCUUCUGGAGAUUGACUUGUUGCUGCGCACGCGCUCUCCGAAGCUGGUCGCAAAAGCUCUUCGAAGACAGAGGCUACACCCAGUAAUGAAGAAAAGAAUGUUUCCGGAGCUUGUUAAGGGAAUCCCGAGCGUGGUGAACCACAACAAGCAAAAGGACUCCAUAUGUGGCAAGACAUUGGUCAAAGGCACACCAGUAAGUGGCGGAACCGCGGAAGGCACGGCUCGUGUGGUGCACACCAUCGAAGAGGCCACUACAAUUCAGAAAGGAGACGUGCUUGUGGCGUAUUGCACCGACAUCGCCUGGAGCCCUUUCUUUCCUCUCUUGUCCGGAGUGGUCACUGAGCUUGGAGGACUUAUCUCGCAUGGAGCUGUGGUGGCGCGCGAGUACGGAAUUCCCUGCAUUGUUGGUGCCGUUGGUGCCACAUCCGCCAUCAGACCAGGGUCGAUGGUUCGGUUGGAUGGAUCAAAAGGGACACUGGAAGAAGUCGGCAUGGAAUGAUUCAUACACCUUCAAACACUCAUGUUGUCAAGAGGGCAGGUAUCCUGUGACUUCUGAGGGAAAUAUUCUUCUAUGUAGCACACACAAAUGCAGAUUAUAAUAAACAUCGACACUCUUCUGCUA